AUGGCAGACGUGGCGUUGAAUGCCGUGGUCAAGAAGAACAACUUGAGUGUGCCCACCGAGCUGAAUGCCCAGGGGACCUUGUCCCCGCGCGAGGUGCCCGAAGAGCGGCGGAUCAGCCGGAUCGCGGACCUGGUGAUGCCGCGUCCGGACAUGGCCCAGCCCGCAAAAGAAGCCUCCAAUGGAGGGGGUCCAUCAACAGAGGACAUCAUCAAGGGCGUUCAGCAAGCCGUGGUGGGCCGUGUCCCGGUGUUGGGUUGGCUGCCGUACUAUAACUUCCGCAGAGACUUCUUCUAUGAUUUCGUGGGUGGCGCGACCAUUGCCUUGAUUUGUUUGGUCCAGACGUUAGCACAUGCGGCUAUUGCCACCACCAAAGUCAUUCAAGGACCUUACUGUGCCUUCGUGCCACCCUUCGUAUAUGCCAUGCUGGGCACCUCUCCUCAUGCCUCCAUCUCCUCAGGUGCGAUUGCUGCCAUUCUCUUGGCGGAUCAGCUCCAGUUCUGGCACGAUGAAGAAGAACGCACCGAAUUGGCCUCACUGCUUGCUUUGAUCUCCGGUGGUUGGUUAGUGGCCAUGGGCUUGUGUCAGGCCGCCUAUGCGGUCCGCUUCUUGUCGCAGUCGCUCAUCAGUGGCUUCGUCACGGGUGGCUCCGUGCUGAUCCUCGUGGGACAGUUGAGGAACCUCCUCGGCCUCAUGAAGAUGCGACACGCCAUUGGCUUCACCAACCAAGUGAGUGCCAUCAUCGGAGCAUUGCCCGAGACCCACAUCCUUGGAACCAUUUGGGGUUUAUCCAUGAUGAUGGUGCUGCAGUUGAUGAUGUGGCUCAAGAAAUACUUGGUGGCCGAGCUCAAGAAGCCCGGGCCACAUCCCAAGUGGAUGGUCCCCGCAAAGAUUGCCUCCGAGAUGAAGGAGUUGGUCUUGGUGACGAUUAGCAUCAUUUUCGCCUAUUGCACCUGUGAUGAGAGUGGCGAGCCCAUCCUCCCAGUGGUGGGGGAUAUCCCGGCCGGUUUGCCUGGCUUCAAGCCUGCAUGGGAAUAUCCCGCCUCUCAACGCAUGCUCGACACGCAUUUUCGGCUGAAAGAGUUUUGCAUGGGCGGCUUCUUGGUGGCCUUAACAUCCUUCUUGACCACCUACGCCACCUCAAAGAAGCAAGCCUUGCAGCACGGCUAUCACAUCGAUGCCAGCCAGGAGAUGUUCGCGCUGGGCAUGGCCGGGGUGUGCGGCUCCUUCUACGGUUCCUUCACACCCAGCGGCUCCUUAAGCCGCACCUCUUUGGCGUCCGAGGUGGGCGUGAAGACACAGAUGAGUGGCCUGAUGAAGUUGGUGGUGGUGGGCAGCAGUUUAGAGUUCCUCACCGGUGUGUUGUAUUAUUUGCCCAAGAGCACCCUAGCAGCCAUCAUUCUGCGCUCCACCUGGCAGCUGGUGGAUAUACACACGCCCACGACGCUCUGGAGCUCUUGGAAGCCCUAUCACAAAGGUGGCAUGAAACGGGACUUCAUCGUGUGGUGGAUCGCCUUCCUCCUCACGAUCUUCUUGGGAGUUCUUUGGGGUAUCGGCGUGGCCGUCGGCGUGUCCGUCUUGAUGAUUGUCCACGAUGCGGCGGUGCCGCGGGUCGUGAAGCUGGGCCGGAUCGAGUCCUUGGGCAACAUUUGGCGGGACCAAGAGGUUUGGCCUGAAGGUCGGACCUUUCCGGGGAUCCUGGUCUUGGAGUUCCGGGGUCCCUUGUCCUUCGCGAGCGCGGACCACUUCAUGGAGGAGGUGGAACGCCGGCGGCUCAUUGAAGAGGAAGAGGAGAAUCCUGUGGAGACCGAAAAUGUGGUUGAAGAGAAGAAACUUGGGCACACUUUGGAGAAAGAGGAGCCAAACCCAGACGAGCGUGAACCCAAUACCAUUAUCCUUCUUUGGCUUUGCUGUGUGAGUGCAUUGGAGGGCAUGGAUACCCAAUUGGUUCCCGCCUGUCAGUUUGCCUUGCAAAGAGAUUUGGGCUUGCAACUGGGCCACUUUGCCGUCCUCACCACGGUGCAGAUGGUUCUGACCAACUUAGCUGCUCCAUUCUGGGGAAUCCUGGCCGAUCGUGGCACAUUGCAGAAGAAGACGAUUUUGAUGCUGGGAGCCAUAGGAGAGGGCAUCGCGGUUGCCAUUUUUGCCUUCGUUCCCAACUUCUGGGUGAUGAUGUUCUUGCGGGGCAUGAGUGGCUUCUUCCUUGCAUCCCUACGACCAGUUUGCAAUGGCUUGAUUGCAGAUCUUACCAGUGACAACAAACGUGGCAAGAUCUUUGGGCGAGUACAAAGUGCCCUACUCGUUGGCAUGUUUUGCUCAUUGCUCAUUGCGGGUAACGUGGCCAACGCAUUUGUGGGGGAGAUCCCUGGGUGGCGCUUUCUCUUUGCUGGUGCUGGCUUGGUUGCCUUCAUUGUGGCAGCCGGAUUGGCCGGUUUCCUGAAGGAACCUCACCAUGAGUUGGACCAGUCCGCAAAAGCCAAAGGCUGUGCAGCCGUCCGGACCGAACUUUGUACAGUCUUGAGCUUCCUGCGCAUCCCCACCUUCUGUGUGAUGAUCAUGCAAGGAGUGUUUGGCACCAUUCCAUGGAGCGUCAUGGGCAACAAUCUUCUCUUCUUCAAGUUCUGUGGUCUGGAAGAUUGGCAGGCCAGCAUUUUGGCAGCUGAGGGAACUGUGGCGGGGGUCUUCGGCAACAGCAUCGGAGGCAUGAUUGCAGACUGCCUGGCCAGACGUUUCGGGUAUCAUGGAAGGCCUCUCAGUGCACAGAUCACGGUUGCCAUUGGAAUUCCGAUGGUCUUUCUGCAAUUCUAUGGCAUCCCACCAGGUGAGGGCACUUUUGGUGUGUACUUUGCCCUCAUUGCAGCAUUUGGCCUAUUGGGUUCCUGGGCACAAUCUGGCACGAACUUUCCCAUUCUCUCAGACAUUGUGCCUGCCAGCGACCGGAGCAAGGUUAUGGCAUGGGAAUGUGCCAUGGAAAACUCCUUGGCAAAUGCCAUCGGUCCGUCUUUGGUUUCUACCUUGGCCUUUGCUUUCGGCUACAAGUUUGGAGCUGAGGAGAUGUCCGGAAAGUCUCUCUCUUCCGCAAGGGCACUUGGGCAGGCAAUGGCUGCAACUAUUUGCAUUCCCUGGGUGAUUACCCUGGCAGCCUACACCCUUCUACAUUGGAGCUAUCCUCGUGAUAUGCGCCGGCUGCGUGCCAAGCAGGUGAUUGUGUUGCCCUUUGGCAGUGUGCACGAUUUGGACAAGACUGCCAUUGAGAUGCUUCGAGAGCUCUUGACGGAGUGGCGGAAGCGGCAGAUCAGUUGCAUUGUUGCCGAAGCUAAAAGCCGCGUGCGCUUGCUGUUGGAGCUGCACUUUGCGGAGGGUCCCAAGCCACUCUUGGACCAGCAGGCCUUCAUGAUCGGCCUCGAUGACGCGGUGUCCUUGGCCAAACUCACCUUGGCACGGAAGCGCCGAGUCCUUUCCGCGCAGGACGAUUCGGCGACGGGGAAAGGCCUGCGACAGCCCUUGCUCAGUGAGGACUUCCCCAAUGAGUACUACACCUUUGGAGAGUCGACCUGGGAUUUGGUGCUGUUCAUCGGCACUGGAGCACUAGGUCCAUUGGGUUCGCUCCAGACCUGCGUUUUGGCCAUCGUCAAUGUCCUCAUGCAAGUGAUCUUCGUGGGAAUCGCCGUCUUUAACUUUUUGGACCCCGACAUCACUGAGGAAAAGACCGUUCAGGAGGCGCACUUCUGGCGGCGAUCCUCAGGACACUCCAUCUCUGAGUAUGACUCAGUGUCGAAGGAAUCCUUGACCUCGAGGGUGUGCGCAGUGGACAAGUCGUUGCACAUCGCGGGUUUGCAGGUGGACAUGGUCGAGAACAUCCGAAAAUAUCUCAACACCAACCAGACCGGACUGAUCCGUGAGCUCUUUUCCGGGCAAGUCCUUUGCUUGGUGGCGCUGAUUUGUUGGUAUUUGAUGGUGGCGAAGGAGGUGAGUCAUGCCUUGGCACUCCACCGGGGUGUCGCAGCCGUGCCCAGAGGGAAGACGGAAAUUGCCACGCGCGAGAACCCUUUCACCCAGGCCAGGUUGGUGAAAGUCGCGCGGAGGCGCAAGCUGGCCAGCUUCCUCCUGCUGAUCUACCGAGUCUUUGCGGCAGUGAUUCUCAUCUACGUGGGAACCUUCUUUUUGGUAUACACCGUGAACGUCACCGAACUGAUCUUGAACGCCGUCGCCUUGGGAAUUAUCCUCGACAUCGAUGACCUUCUCUUCGAUGCUUUAGCCACGACGCCUGGUCGUCACCUGGUGCAUCAACUGGAUCCCUUGCCCAUGCCUUCAUUUCCACGCUUCCGCGGCGCGGAUGCGAAGUCCACCACCAUGACCUUUUUGAUUCCUGGGCUCACCAUGCUCAUCUACGUGACCAUGGUGAGCCCCUUCGUGGACACCUUGGUGAAAGUGGAGGACACCUUCUGCGGAGGUAACCAGGGCUUCGUAUGGAGUGUGGACAAACGCUCGGUGAUUUUACUGGCGCCCACCGAGGGGGGUGGACUCGAGAAUCAGACCGAGACCAUUCAGACCGCGGCUCUUUCAGAAGCACUGGACCUGGAGAACAUCGAGGACCCCAGGGGGGCUGAGUAUGGCGUUUGGCUGAGGGGUGUGUCUUUGGUCACCGAUUGGGAGUCCUUGUCCUUAGACGAGCUGGUGACGCAGUCGAACCCCGACUGUGAAGACUUGGCCAAUGAGGUGCCGUUGUUGAAUUAUUUGCGGGAUGCCUUGGGGAACUCAAGCAUCAACAGUUGUGCUGAUGCUGAGCCCUUCUGCCACUCCUUGACGAAGAUGCCCUCCUGGGAGCUGGAUGGAGGUAUGGGCUAUGCCACUCGCAUGUACUGCCCAGUCACCUGCGGUUGUCACAUCCCAGGAGGUGCUUACACCUACAUCCAGGGAUGUCCCUACGGUGAGAACAAGCCCUGCUGGAAUGCGAAGACCUUCCAGGACUUCCGAGAAGCAGGUCUUUGCACUGAAAAGACUCCACAGGAGCUUCGCAACCACACGCCCUGGCUGCAGCGCAUUGCUGCCAUCGAGGCCUAUGGGCGGAGCUUGGGCAACUUUCAGGGUCAGAAUGAGUCCUUGAAGUUGGCCCAGGCCAUGUACGACCACGGCUGCAGCUUCGGGGAGAACCUCACUCAGGAGAAUAUCACCUGGACGGACUGCUACGAAUGGCCCUUCGUGGAUUGGGAGUUCAAGACACUAGAGUGGUUUUGUCCUGUGACCUGCGAUUGCAAGAACGAUCCCAAAGCAGGCAAUUCUGGAUGUCCUCAACCUGGUGGCAAGACUUGUCAAGAAGUGGAUGGAUGCCUUUUCCACAAUGAGGCAUAUUUCUGCGGAGGCAAUGGUGCUGGUGACACACCCACCUAUUCCAGUGAAAUCACCAUCAGUGCAGCAGACAUGGCUGCGAUGCAAAGCUUGAGCACCGACUACUACAACGAAGUGAUCAGUGGCAUGCAGAUCUUCAUCCCCGACCUCGUCGGGAACGGUGUGGAGCCAUGGAUGGUCGUGGUGGAAAUGGCCACGCAGACCAUGGGCCCCCCCGUCCGGCGCUUGCAACCCGGUGGCAGCAGUGGAAGCAGUGGAAGCUCCUCUACCGAGCUCACGUUCACCUAUGAGAUCUACUUGGUGCCAGAGCUGGUCUCCACGGACCUCAGCAGGGACUCUGUUAGAGAGACGUUGCAGGCCGCCGACACCACGGAGGCGGGUGACUUGCUCACACAGUCCUUGGCUGACCAGGGCGUGCCGGUGGACACCAUUGGCCGCCCGGCCUGGCCCGAGACGGUGGUGCAGUCGGUGCAGUUGACCCCAUCACAGUUGACCGCAUUUGGUGCACUCUGA